CACAACCAACUGGCCAAUCGGACACCAUUGCCACCGAAACUCGCAUACGAUUAUAUAGUAGUCGGUGCCGGCAGUGCCGGUGCUAUAGUCGCCUGUCGACUAUCCGAAUGGGGUUCGGAUGUACUGCUACUGGAAGCUGGCGGCCAACCCGAUGCCCUCGUAGACGAUAUACCGGCUCCGGGAUUGCAAACCAGUGAUAGAAAUCUAUGGAACUAUCGGACAGUACGGCAGAAAUUUUCCGGUCAUUCCUAUCCAGAUAAUGGCCAACAAUCGGAACUAAGCGGUCGUAUAUUAGGCGGUACUUCAACUGUCAACGGUAUGAUAUAUAAUAGAGGUAAUCGCAAAUACUAUGAUAUGAUUGCCUCAAAAUACGGUGCCAUUGGUUGGGAUUACGCGAGUGUUUUGCCAGUAUUUAAACAAAUGGAAAACAAUACCGACCCCCGAGUUAGCGACCAGUAUCACGGACGUCAGGGACCGGUAGGUGUGUCCACACCGGGUGAACCGUUUCCUAUAUAUGCAAAACAAGCCGAGGCUGCCCUGGAAUGGGGACUCGACUAUACGGAUAUUAAUGGCCCAAAUCAGACUGGGUUUACAAUUGCACAGUCGACUAUUGCCCGGGGUUUAAGAUCAUCGACUUUGAAUGCUUACUUGGAAAGUGGUUUGUGUCCCCAGUUGACUAUUGUUAUCGGAGCUCAGGUAUCCAAAAUAUUAAUUACACGUGAACACACCAACAACAACAGUGGACUACUACCUCGGGCACAGGGAGUUAGGUUUAUCAAAAAUAAUCGUACACUACAUACAGUAAUGGCCAAUAGGGAGGUGAUUGUAUCGGCAGGUACAAUAGCCAGUCCACAGUUGCUAAUGUUGUCGGGUGUGGGCCCGGCCCGACAUUUACAGGACACGGGUAUUCGGGAAAUAUAUGCCGAUCUACCCGGGGUUGGCCUAAACUAUAACAAUCACUUAACCAUACGACUAGAGUUUCCUAUAGGAGGUCCCGGUAUGAUGGUUAGGCCAGUAUCGACUGUAGGCAACAUUAGUCAACUAUACCAGUCCAGUGUCCAGGGUCGUGGUCCAAUGGCACAGUCACCGAUAAGCAUAAUGUAUUGGUCGUCAUCAAACACUACCAUCAAUAGUCCACAACUACUAUCGGCGGAUCCAAAAAACAACUAUCCGGAUGUCUAUGUCGAAGGUAUUGGUGUACCCCAGGGUAGUCCGUCACCGAUUGUUGCCAACAAACGGGUAGAUAAUCCUAUUUAUAACCAACAACUGGACCAAUACUCCCAGUCGCUAAUGUCUACCGAUUAUAUGAUGUUUUUUCCGACACUAGUCCGACCAGUUAGCUGGAGUGGGGGUACAGUUAGAUUGAGUACUAACCAGAUUCAGGAUCAACCGGUAAUUGAUCCCCGGUUUAUGUCCGCAGCGAGUGAUCGCCGCAGGUUUCGUCGGGCAGUGGCCAAUGUAUACCGAUUUGUUGAGACUACUAGUUUCGGGCGAUACGUUAGUAUACCUACACUGCCGAUACCUCCGUGUAGGUACUGUCCUGGAGAUAGACCUAUCUAUCAGUGUCGGAGUUAUUUGGAUUGUCUGAUUGAUAACUGGUCGGCCAGUAUCUAUCAUCCAGUAGGCACGUGUCGUAUGGGUGACCCCCAGCGUAGGGAUACUGUAGUCGACCCCAGAUUGCGUGUCAAAGGUAUCAGCGGACUGCGUGUUGUCGACCUAUCCGUCUAUCCGGAGAUAAUGAAUUCAAAUACUGCGGCAGCGGCAAUGUUGGCCGGGGAGAUGGCGGCCCGAUUCAUACAUGAAGAUAAUUAA